AUGACGACGGAUUUACUAGUAUCCGCGCACUUUGCGAAAGAGUCCAGUCCGCUGUUCAACUCGCGGCUCCUUUCCCCUUCAAGACUUCCCCGUGCUUCCCCGCUCUCGUCCCCGCUCCUUCGGCCGUUCUCUCCUCGGCGUUUUCGGCCCGCCAUCGGCGGAGCGUCUUCCUCGCGCCAUGGCUUCCCAAUGCCGCGUCGUUUCUCGCCCUUAUCGCCUUCCGCGGGAGCGCGGGCCCCGGUGAUUGCGGCGAGCGCCGUGAGCAUUGAGCGCGGGCGUACAGCAGGACAAGGGCUCGGCCGCGGCCUGCCGGAACGCGCGGCAUUCGGCGCGUCUAACGGUACCGGAGCGGGCAACAACAACGAGUCAGGCUUGGGCUCCGCGGGGAGAAGCGCGAGCAGGCGCGAAGGUUGCAACGAGGAAACGAGACAAGCGGAGCGCGGGCGGGCCGUGGUGGCGCGUGCGGUGGUUGGCGGGGAUAUUGCGCUGGGUCCGGCGGUGGUGGCGCAAGUGAUCGACGACCUUGGGCUCGACGCGCUGCUGUUCCUGCUCACCACAGUCAUCAUCGUGCCCACCUGCAAAUGGCUCAAGAUAAGCCCGAUUCUGGGGUUCCUGGGAGCGGGGCUGGUGUUCAGCCGGCUGGGGUUCGGGCAGCACGUGAACGAGAUCGCGCCGGUGUCGGAGCUGGGCAUUCUCUUCCUGCUCUUCCAGAUGGGCAUCGAGCUCUCCGUCGAUCGCCUCAAAGAGCUCGCCAAGUACUCCUUCGGCCUCGGCCUCUCGCAGAUCGCAGCGUGCACUCUCGCAUUUGCAUUCCUGCUGCAACCAGCCGACAGCCCCAUUUCCCCAGCCCACCUCCUCUCACAAGCCUCCUCCCUCCUCACCCUCCUCCCCACCUCCCUCACCUCUCUCGUCCCCGCCCUCCCCCCACUCCCCUUCUCCACGGACCUCCUCGCUCCCCUCGCGCACAUCACACUGGACGAGGCGCUCGUCAUAGCCGUCGCGCUCUCCCUCUCCUCCUCCGCCUUCGUACUUAAUCUUCUCGACGAGCAUGAUGAGCUUGAGACGAAAUUCGGCUCGGCUACUCUGGGCGUGCUGCUGAUGCAAGACAUAGCCGUUGUCCCUAUCCUGGCCAUACUCCCUGUGCUUGAAGGCGGGUUCACCGCUGCUGCUGGCGCUGCAGGGGACGGCGCCACCACCACCGCCUCCCUCGCUGCCACCACCGCUCCCAUCGCUGCCGCAACAGCAGCAGCAGGAGCCGCGGCCGGCGCAGCGGCAGGAGCAGCAGGAGCAGUGGCGGCGGGAGCAGCAGGAGCUGCAGCGGCCACAGCAGCAGCAGUGGCAGCAGACCCCUCCGGCUUCGUCUUUUCAGUCGCAGCCGCGCUCCUAGGCGGCCCUGCAAACGUCGCACUCGCCCAACUCCUAGUAGCAGGCGCGCUGAAGGCCCUCCUGGGCCUGGGGGCCAUUCUCGUGGGAGCGCAAUGGCUCAUGAAGCCUGCUUUCGCUGCAGUGCAGCGCGCCAACGCACCAGAGGCCUUCCUCGCUCUCUCCCUCCUCGCUGUCACCGGCACUUCCCUUGCCACCGACAAGCUCGGGUUCUCGGAUUCUCUCGGAGCGUUCCUGGCCGGAGCGAUUCUGUCCUCCACGCCUCUCAAGCACGAUGUGGCUCUCUGCACGGGUCCUCUGCAGAAGCUGCUGCUGGGGCUGUUUUUCGUCACCACCGGCUCGUCUAUCGACGUGGAUUUGCUUGUCGAGCAGUGGCCGGUAAUUCUGACGCUUCUUGCCGGCUUGCUGGCAGUGAAGACGGCCACAGUUGCGCUGCUGGCGCCCAGGUGGGGGCUGAAAGGCAAGGACGCCAUUCGCACGGCGCUGAUUCUGUCCCCGGGAGGGGAGUUUGCGUUUGUGGUGCUGGCACUGGCUUGCGACCUAGGUGUUCUUCCCACUGAUGUGAACCGGAUCGUGCUUAUCGUGGUGGUGCUAUCCAUGGCUCUCACUCCUGCUCUGGACGCCCUGGGGUAUCUUAUUGCUGGGAUCGGCGGGAGGGAUGAGAACGACGGGUGGCUGGAUGUUGAGCUGGUGGAGAGGCGGAAGCAUGGGAAGGUGUUACCUGGUGAAGGUAGGGGGUUGUUCCUGCCAGCCGGGGUGGUGGAUGUAGAUGUGGGGGAGGUGAGGCAGGGGAGCAGAGGAGAGGAGGAAGAGGAGGAUGAUAUGGAUGAUGGGUCUUUGGAAGAGCUUGAAAGGAUUGCAUCUGGAGCCAUCCCCCCUCCUCCGCCUCUUGAGCCCAAUCCAGUGUUUGCAGCACGGAACGAUGGGGACGGACGUGAGAGCAGCAGCGGUAAGGAUGUAUCUGUGUCAGGGGGCGGAAUGGGGGGCUCUGCAGCAGCAAUCAAUCCGGGAGGGGGCGCUGGGGUUUCUGGGGCGGGUGGGGGAGAGGGAUUUGGGGGUGAUGUGUUUAAUGGGGGGGAUGGGGUCGUGGAGAGGCCGCAGCACAUGCUGAUGCGCGUGGCCGUGGGCAUCCACGAGAGCGACAUCGAAGCCGCCAUUGACACGUACCACCUCAUGUCGCAGCGCUGGUUCACGCACGCCUCACCGACGCUCUUCAACGCCGCCACGCCGCGCCCGCAGCUCAGCAGCUGCUUCCUCGUCUGCAUGAAGGACGACUCCAUCGAAGGCAUUUAUGACACUCUCAAGGAGUGCGCCGUUAUUAGCAAGUCCGCGGGUGGCGUCGGUCUGGCGAUACACUGCAUCCGCGCUGCUAAUAGCUACAUCCGCGGCACUAACGGGACGUCCAACGGCAUUGUGCCGAUGCUGCGCGUAUUCAACAACACGGCGAGAUACGUGGAUCAGGGCGGCGGAAAGCGCAAGGGCGCGUUCGCCAUCUACCUGGAGCCGUGGCACGCGGACGUGUUCGACUGGCUCGAUCUGAGGAAAAACCACGGCAAGGAGGAGAACCGUGCGCGCGACCUGUUCUACGGACUGUGGGUGCCAGACCUGUUCAUGCAGCGCGUGCAGGAGAACGGCCACUGGUCGCUCUUCUGCCCCAACGAGGCCCCCGGGCUUGCUGACUGCUGGGGAGACAAGUUCGUGGAGCUCUACACCAAGUACGAGAGCGAGGGCCGAGCCCGCCGCGUCCUUCCCGCACAGAAGCUCUGGUUCGCGAUCCUGGAGGCCCAGAUCGAGACUGGCAACCCGUACAUGCUCUUCAAGGAUUCGUGCAACCGCAAGAGCAACCAGCAGCACCUGGGCACGAUCAAGUGCAGCAACCUGUGCAGCGAGAUCGUGGAGUACUGCGCGCCCGACGAGACGGCUGUCUGCAACCUCGCCUCCAUCGCGCUGCCCCGCUACGUCCGCGAGCAGGGCUUGGCGGCGGACGUGAAGCUGAUCGGCAGCCGCAACCACGCGCAGCGGUACUUCGACUUUGAGAAGCUGGGGCAGGUGACGGAGGUGAUCACGCGCAACCUGAACAAGGUGAUCGACGUCAGCUACUACCCCACCGACUCGGCGCGCCUGUCGAACGAGCGCCACCGCCCCAUCGGCAUCGGCGUCCAGGGCCUGGCUGAUGUGUUCAUCCUGCUCGGCAUGCCCUUCGACUCCGCCGAGGCGAACGCGCUGAACCGCGACAUAUUCGAGACGAUCUACUUCCACGCGCUCAAGGCGUCGUGCGACCUGGCGGAGGCGCACGGCAAGUACCUCACGUACGACGGCAGCCCCAUGAGCAAGGGCCUGCUGCAGCCCGACAUGUGGGACGGCGUUGAACUCACGCAGGAGCGCCACGACUGGGUGGCGCUGCGCGCGCGGAUUGCGCGCGUGGGGCUGCGGAACUCGCUGCUGCUGGCGCCCAUGCCCACGGCGUCCACGAGCCAGAUCCUCGGGAACAACGAGUGCUUCGAGCCGUACACGUCGAAUAUCUACACCCGCCGCGUGCUCAGCGGCGAGUUCGUGGUGGUGAACAAGCACCUGCUGAGCGAUCUCACGGGCAUGGGGCUGUGGACGCCCGCGCUCAAGAACGAGCUCAUCUACCACAACGGCUCUGUGGAGGGCAUCGCCGCCAUUCCCAACCACCUCAAACCGAUCUACAAGACGGUGUGGGAGAUCAAGCAGCGUGCGGUGGUGGACCUGGCUGCGACUCGGGGCGCGUUCAUAGACCAGAGCCAGAGCCUCAACAUCCACCUGGAUACACCCAACUUCGGCAAGCUCACCUCGCUGCACUUCUACGCCUGGUCCAAGGGUCUCAAGACGGGCAUGUACUACCUGCGCACGCGCAGCGCAGCGGAUGCCAUCAAGUUCACUGUGGACGCCUCAGCAGUGCAGGGGAGCAAGGCGCAGGUGCAGGCAGCAGGGCGGGAGGAGAAGAGCAAGCUGGAUCUGGUGAUAUCAUCCAAGGCAGAUUCAGUCAACCUCGCAGCCAUGGUCUGCUCUCUUGAGAACCGCGACGAAUGCCUCGCCUGCGGCAGCUGA